UCUAUGCAAAGGUCCUGCCUCCCCUGCCUACUCCUCACAUGCAGCUUUGCAGCCUUAGCCGCAGCUGAACGUUUUUUAACCUGAUCUGCCCCAGGAUGUGGCUUCUGGGGUGACGUCGGGCCCAGAUGUUCUCCCCAGACCACGCCCACACCCGGGAUUGAAACACCCUCAGAGCAGCAAUAACGGGCAAAGCUUGUUCUACUGUCACAAUGCAAGGGAAGGGAUAGACCAGCAGCAUUAUUUUUUUUAUGUUUAUUAUUUGGCAUCCUUCAAAAAAAAUCAGCUUUUGAAGCCGAUGAAGCCGCAGCUUCCUGAGCUGGGAUUUCCUCUUUUUCCUUUCACUGGACUUCAAAUGCAUUCACUUUUUAAUGACCGGCCGGGUGGGAUCUUCCUGGACGAAGUGCAGUUUUGGUAAAGCUACCAACCCGGCACUCACAGUACGCAGCGUGCCCAGAGAGAAGACCCAUCCCCCACCCCCUCCGCCCACCAGCUUGGAUAUAUAGAGAUAUAUUUAUAUACAUAUUUUUAUGCAAAGAGAGACAAAGUGCAAUUCGAGAUUAAAACAAACAAUUUCUCUGUAAAAUGGCAGCCGCCGCCUAUGUGGAUCAUUUUGCAGCCGAGUGCCUUGUUUCCAUGUCCAAUGGCGCGAUUGUCCAUAGCCCCAAAGAGGACCCCGACACCUCACCCGAAGGCACAGCCGCCCCUCAUUUUCUGAAUGCUGAAGACAGGCGAGAAGGCAGAGAGACUGGCAAAGACAACGCCUCUUUGAUCGUGGUGGCCAGGAUUUUAGCUGAUCUCAACCAACACGUCCCAGCUCCUGCCCCGCCGACGGAGAGGAGGGAAAAUGUCUCCAAAAAGGAGAAAUUACCUAGCCACCUCUCUCUGUCGGGGGAGCCGGUUCAGGAAGCCGCCUCCCCGGACAGCCGAUGGAGUGGAGAAGCAGCCACACCUACUAGUCCAGCAGGGAGCGAGCCCAGCCUCAAACAAAGGAGCAGACGGGGGAGAAGCCGAGCUGACCCCGAGUCACCUCAGAAAAAGCACAGAUGUCACUACGCGGGCUGCGAAAAAGUUUAUGGCAAAUCCUCCCACCUCAAAGCUCACCUAAGGACUCAUACAGGCGAGAGACCCUUUGCCUGUAGCUGGCAGGACUGCAGUAAGAAAUUCGCCCGGUCCGACGAGCUCGCCCGGCACUACCGCACCCACACAGGGGAGAAGAAGUUCAGCUGUCCCAUCUGUGAGAAGCGUUUCAUGCGCAGUGACCACCUGACCAAACACGCCCGCCGCCACGCCAACUUCCACCCCAGCAUGCUGCGGCGCAGCGCGGAGCAGCUCGAGACGGGCUCGGUCAGUGACUACAGCCGCUCCGACGCCAGCAGCCCCACCAUCAGCCCCGCCAGCUCGCCCUGAACGCACCCGGACUGGGCAACAGCAAAACCUACCACGCACUCUGUGGAGUCUGAGUUGUGUUGCACACGUCUACAGCUCUCUUGUUUGUUGUUGCUGUUUAAAUUUGUUUUUGUUUUUUGGUUUCUUUUUUUUGUUGGAAAA